UAGGUGAAUGCAAGUACAGGAGGAUUUUGCUGAAAAACAAGUUCAUGUUCGUAUUAGUUAUUAGUAAAUGUUAAAGGCAUGUGAGAUAUUUUGGCAUUUCUUUUUUGUACACGUCACUGUUUUGUAUUCACGUCAGGACCACCAUGGCUUUUCUUUAUUCUUUACAUCUCAUUGUAAGAUUUAUUGUAAAUCAUCUCAGCUGAUUUUUGCUGCUGUGACAUUUGAAGCAGCAUCAAAGAUUAUUCCCAUCAUCUUAAGAAGACUCACUUCAUCCAAGUUGAUUUUUGUAAAACAUUAUCUUUGCUUAUUUUUAAUUAACAGGUGAAGGCAGAACCUUUUAACAAAUAGCCUUAAAGAAAAAGGACAUCACAUCAAAAUAGACAAAUAUCUCACAGUUGAAUGAAGGCUUUGUUUAGGCAGCCAGGCUCUUGCUGUCCACCUUUCUCCAGCGUUAUAAAUGAUCAGGCCUAUUUUCAAACAUCAACCACACCUCCAGAGCAUCUCACCACUCCGGUGCUCUCUGACAUUUAGAUUCACAGCAGACCUAUUAAAUAUUAGUGCUCAAAUGGUUUCAGUAAUAUCACCUAAACUGAUGCAGCUGUAAUUCUUAAGUGUACUGUAACGUGUUUCACAGCUGAGGUGCUGCUGGUAAAGGCUGAGCCUUCAUUAAUUAAUAGAUAACCUUUAUAUUAGGUGUGCAGGCUAACAAAAUGAUUGGUUAGCUAUUGUUGUGCCUUAUCCUUGGCGAAUCACCUAUUGUCCCUUUGAAUAAUUGAGACCAGUGGAUUUUGCCUGUUUUAUUUUUUCCUUGGUCAGCAACUAGCUACUAGUUUUGUCCCCAAGAUCAAUUGCCUUGGUAACACAACCAGAGAAGGAGAGAGGGGAUGAGAGAGAGGGGGAGAGAGAGGGAGAGAGAUGCAGGGAGAGAGAGGGAGGUUUGUGCCCACAAUGGCGACUGUAGGUAUGCUAAAUACCUCUGGUUCCUUAUCCGGGAACUACCUCUUACUCUGCUAUUGGGCCACUGGGUCACGUGGUAAAAGUAACUUUACAGGGCUGCUCGCAAGUAGGAGGGCUUUAUGGAGCAGAAAAACGACAAAGCUAGAAAAAUUAUUUUCCACUCCAGAAAUUAAUGAUCAUGAGCUCGUAUUUGAUGGAGUCUAACUACAUUGAUCCGAAAUUUCCUCCAUGCGAGGAAUAUUCGCAAAAUAACUACAUCCCCGAGCAUAGUCCAGAAUAUUAUAGCCGCGCAAGGGACACUGGCUACCAGCAUCACCAUCAGGAGUUAUAUCCUCCGCGGGCGAGCUACCAAGAGCGCCAGUAUAACUGUGCAAGCAUCCCUGAACCUGACACGCCAAGGGGACAUGGAAUACCCCAAUCUGCGCACCUGCUGACAGGGAAAGGGCAACCUGCUUCAUGUGAAACCCCACAGUUGUCCAUGUCCCCCGCCACCCCACCGGCCGCAACCUCCGCCUGCAACCAAGCCACCCCGGAGCAUCCAAACAGCACAGCCUCGUCCAAGCAGCCCGUGGUGUACCCAUGGAUGAAGAAAAUUCACGUCAGCACUGUGAACUCGGCUUACAAUGGGACGGAGCCCAAGCGGUCUAGGACAGCGUACACCCGGCAGCAAGUCUUAGAAUUGGAGAAGGAAUUCCACUAUAACCGAUAUUUAACUCGGCGGAGGCGCAUCGAGAUCGCCCACACCCUGGUUCUCUCCGAGCGACAGAUUAAAAUCUGGUUUCAAAACCGCAGGAUGAAAUGGAAAAAGGAUCACAGGCUCCCGAACACCAAAGUGAGAUCCUCUUCCUCCUCCUCCUCCUCCGGGUCCAACACAAGCUCAGCAGCCGGCGCUGUUGCCGCUGCCUCGGCUACUAACACUGGGGCCCCCGACGAACUCACCGGAGCACAGCAUGGCGAGGAUAUUACCAGGUUAUAAAACCACGUACCGAGGUUGAGGGUAGAAAAAGAACUGGUUAUUUAUAGAACAAUUAUAUAUUUUGUUUUCGUAGCUAUCUUGUGCGGUUUCCUUUAAGUCCAAAGUUAUAUAAAAUGCAUGUUAUAUAGCAUGGAUUACUGCGAAUACCGAUGAAUUAUUUUUACGUGACACAGGGUUUAAUUUAUUCGAAGCUCAAUUAAAAUGAUGUUUUUUAUUAAAACAUGUUUUGAAUGAAGGAAAAAAAAAACGUAGAAAAAAAAAUAUACAUUUUAUCAAAAUGUUAUUGUGGGCCAUUGUUUUGCCCUGCUGCCCAAGGUGAAAUGCACAAUCUAUUUAUUUCAAACAACACUGGAAGGAAAUCAAUAUAAUAAUAGUUAUUUUUGGUAUAUAAAAAAAGGCUGGAACACACCAUUGAUCUUGAACUUGUAUGUUUUGGAUAAUAACAAUGUGUGAAUUACCUCGUGUAUUUCAGAACCAGGAUUUUAUUUACAAUUUAGUUUUGUGGUGUUGAUGUUGUGUUUAGACCGUUAAAAAGCAGAUUAUUGUGAAAUGCAAUAAACGGAGUGUAGUGUACUUGUGCUAAUCAUAUUGGUCAAUAAAACAGUGAGUGUCUA